UAAUAUAAAUCCAUUUAUAUUAUGUAUAAUCUCUCUGACUUUGAUAGUUUGCCUGUAUGGUAAAAUAUCACACCAAUGUUGCAACGGCCUUAUUAAACGAGAUAUACGAGGUCAACUUCAUUCUAAAGAAGUUAUUAAUCUUACUCUGCACGUCUUAACGCAAGGCAAGUUCUUUCUAGACAACUCCAGAUCAAAGAUGACGUUGACUCUUACGUUUAUAUAUUGAAACUUUUAAGUGGCUAUUGGGUAAUUCCUAAGGAAUGAAAUUAACUUUUAUGGAGUCAAGAAUCCACGCUUCCGUGGUUACGAAUAAUAAAGAAAGCUCUACUUUAUUUAUCACCAAAUUUGUUCUUUGAUUGUAUGAUUUUUUAACUUGGUCCAAUAUCAACUUUGAUAUGUGAAUUGUGAAAUUCCGGUUCUUCAAUGUGCUCGAAAGAAAUAUGCUAUACAUGGCUAUAUAUCUUACUUGUGAAAAAUCUUUAUUGAAAACAUUCAACCGAUGACUACUUUAGUUUACUCACAUACAUUCGCAUGAUGGUUAGUUUAGUCACGGGCGUUUUCCUGUUUUGGCAAUGACAUAUCUAGAGGCAAAUUACAAGUAUUCCCAACUCUCAUCAAAGGCAAAGAAGAUAUUUGAGCAAUUGAUUUUGCAACGACCAGUUUGGAGACCGCAACUCACAUUGGGCAUGGAUAGCAAAGAUUUUAGUUCAAUCAGUCAACUCACUCUAUUCGUUUUUCUUACUUCGACCCUGGAAUACAUAAUUGCACGACGGUGGAGUAAUGUAGCGAAAGUCAGAAUAAACGACGCUAUUCAUAGCCUGUCAGCAGCUCUUAUUACGGUUUUACCCAGGUUUUUGGUCACCAGUCUAGACGCAGCUGCUUACAAAUUCGUAUUCGAGGCACUAUAUGAAGUACCCGAUGUUCAAGAUGACGACUCCUUGCCUAUUCUGACACCGAUUUGGAUAUUCUUGUUAACAGACUUUGGAUAUUAUUGGUUCCAUCGAGCAGCUCAUGAAAUAAACAUUCUAUGGUCAGCUCAUCAAGUCCAUCACAGCUCGGAAGACUUUAACAUCCUGGUUUCAUUACGACAGAGUGUUCUACAGCAAUUUUUUUCUUCGUUGUUCUACGCUCCCUUGGCUGUCUUUGGUAUAAGACCUGCAAUUUUCGAAUGGCAUUUGUGGUUUUCUUGCUUCUACCAAAUAUGGACACACACUGAGGUCGUAGAUAAUCUUGGGCCAUUGGAGUACAUAUUUGUCACACCAUCUCAUCACCGCGUUCAUCAUGGAAGAAAUCCUUAUUGUAUCGACAAAAACUACGGAGGUAUACUUAUCAUAUGGGAUCGAGCAUUUGGCACAUUUAACGAGGAGAUAAAAGAAAACCCACCAGUUUAUGGACUGGUUGUGGAAAGGACAAGUCACUGGAAUCCAUUACUGACUCAGGUAAUGCCGACUUUAUUUGAAUACAAUGUUCAUAUAUAUUAUUGCAUAACUUUCAUUUUUCUUCUGUGUUGCAUAAAGAUCUCGCAUUUCCUGCACUUGAAGAAUGCAUUUUUCGAAACAAAGGGUGUUUCAAAUAAGUUUCGGCUGUUCGUUAACGGUCCUAGUUGGUCUCCUGGCAAACAACGAUUAGGAGAUGGAGAUUAUGAAGAGGUUGAACAUCCCGUCGUCAAGUAUGACAAGACAUUGCCAACUUUUUUCGCAUUGUAUGUUGCUCUUCAUUUCACAUUGUUGCUCCUGAUUUAUUGCAAACAUCUGGAAGUUUGUCAGAGAUGUUCAGUAUUCCAAACGAUUGCUGUCGCGUCCUAUUUACUGUUUUCCCUGACGACUUUUGGUUUCCUUUUUGAUCAUAAGUGUAUUGGUCCAGAGUUAGAAGAAAUUCGCUGCAUUGCCUUCUUUUUUCUCGAUCUAUUCAUCAACAAACAACAUCCAGAAAUGAAAAAGUCAGGUAACAAAGAAACAUCAGUGAUCUUAUAUUUGAUGUAUGGGCUAUCAUUUGCAUUGUGGAUUUUCGUGGAGAUAAUGGACAUCGACUGGACAGGAAGAGAGAAAAAGACAUCGAAAAAUGCAAAGAUUGAUAACGCUAAGUAUCAAACAGAUGAGAAUGGCAACAUUUUGAUGCCAGAAAGAAAACAGGAUGCGCUAAAGAAAAACGCAGAAUGACUUUCACACAUGAAAAUGGAUGGACACGACAACCAUUCAUUUUUAAAAAUGGUUUAUCUUCAACAGGUUUAACUUCAUCACAAUGCAAACACACUGACUCGAUCAUUUGUUUUCGUAGCAUUGGCGAUACAGUAAAAAUGCACCUUGAUUAUUGCACGAGUUUGGUCUGCUAAAUUUAUCAGUAUCUAUAAUCUUCUAUAAUAUUCGUGUGUAAUGACCGCUGCAAGCGCCCAUUAGUAAUUUCAUUUUGGUUUAGAA